UGUAAUUUUUCUCACAGAACUAGCAGGUGAUUCAUAGUUUUCAAAUGUAUAUUAAUUUUAUGCAUCUUCUGCUUCGUUCUUUUUUGUUCAACAGAACUUCAACGAUUAACACAAUGAAGGGUUUAGCUUUAGCUUUGUGCUUAGCACUUUUUUCUCAAGUGGUUGUAUGCGAAGAAUGUGAAUAUACAAUGGAGAAAAUGUGUUCUCUUCUAGCUCCUACCGCAACUUACAACGUGAGAGGCUGCUGGUAUACUUGUAGAAUUAAGGCCGAAUUUGAAGUUUUCUCUGGAACAUUUUUAGAUUCACAGCCUUGUAAAUCAAUCGUUGGUAAUAAUGAUGGAGUUUGUUUCCAUGGAGCCUGUUAUCCUAAUAAUGAGUAAUGCUUAUUGAAACGCACUAGAAGGAAGAAGAAGAAGUUAAAUGAAUGCUGUUGAUGAACUUAAAUUACAGAAAAUAAAUAAUUUUAAAAUAA